AUGGCUGGGCUGGGCCCUGCGCUGGGAGAGAGGGAGCCCAGCCCCGGUCUCAACAAGUGUCUGAGAGAGGAGAGGCUGCUGGGUGCUGCCGAGACCUGCGGGGAUGGACGAGAACCUGCAGCACCGGCAGCCGAGCUCAAGAACAUAGUCUCCAAGCACAGCUCACAGUUUCGGGGCAACGCGCAGCACGACGCCCUCGAGUUCCUGCUCUGGCUGCUGGACCGCAUGCACGAGGACCUGGGUGCUGCCUCUCCCGCCCAGCAGACCCGCGUCCCCGAGGAGCCCGGCGAGGACGGGAGCGGCUCCCCACCGCCCGGCCAGCAGCCCCGCGGGCAGAGCUUCGUGCAGAGCCACUUCCAGGCGCAGUACAGGUCCUCCCUGACGUGCCCUCACUGCCUGAAGCAGAGCAACACCUUUGACCCCUUCCUGUGCAUCUCCCUGCCCAUCCCGCUGCGCCAGACCAGGGCUCUCAACGUCACCCUGGUACUGCAGUGCGAGCGCUGGCGGUUCGUGCGGGUGGGCCUGGCUGUGCCCCUGCUGGGCACCGUGGCCGAGCUGCGGGAGAUGGUGGCGCGGGAGGGACACAUCCCGCCAGAGCAGGUGAUCCUGGCCGAGGUGUCCCCGCGGGGCUUCCUGCGCUCCCUGGGCGACGCGGAGGAGCUGGGUGCUGCUGGGGAGGGGGCUCCCCUCUACGCCUUCCAGCCCCCCCCUGCCCGCCGCACAGGUACUGCUCCCCGUGCCCUGCCAUUGGUUAGCAGCUGCCUGCCCGCGCUGCUCUGAUUGGC